AUGGAAGUGUCUAAUGAAAUUAAGGAAGAUAUUCGCAAAACGCAGUCGGACUUGAAAAAUGCGAUACGAAUUCAUCAGGUUUGGGUUGCGCGCCUUCAAGAAGAUGAAAACAACAUUCAUCUCAGGUCUAAGGUGAAAGAAGCGGAGAAAGAUAUAAUUUCUAUUUCUCAAACUCAAAAAUUAGUGGUGGACCGCCUACGAAGGGAACUUGAGCUGUACCAACAAAGGUUGAAGGCACGCAAUAAGCAUAUAAGUAUAGAGAAUGAUAACAGAUAUGUGGCUCAGCAAUUGAGGGACCACCAGAUACAACAUCGGAGUAGAAACAGAACUGUGUCAUUGUUAAAACCAUCCGUGCUGACUGAAAUACAUAUUAAAACUGAGAACAGUGAUGAUACAAAGGAAAAUAAUAUAUCUGAUACAGACAACGAGGCUAAAUUGUCAAGUGAAAAGGAAAACUCAAAUCAUAGUGAGGUUGAUGAGAAAGAUAAAUAUCAAAGGAAUUUUGCUCAAUUGCCUAACGCUGUUCAUGAUAGCAGGAACAAUUUUGUGAAUGUUUUAAAUAAAGUCAAGGAAGCAUUUAGUGGCCCAAAGCAUCAGGAAAAUAAUGAGUGGCAAGAACAAAAAUCUGACUCGGAUUCAUCGCAAGGCGUGGCUCUGUCACCGACGCCUUCGCCCCCGCCACUACCAGAGCCUGGAGAACCUGUCACAAAAGAGGUUUUCUUAAGACUCAUUGGUUUGAUAACACCACUACAAAAGGAACUUUUGGAGAAGAAGAGAAGUGAGCGCCGCAAGAGGUCCACUACAAGUACAAAUAGAAAUGAUUUUCUUUAUGGAAAUUAUGAUAUGUUACCGAAAAAGAAAAAGUACAACCAAUUUCCCUAUCUGCAAACCCACAAUGAUCCUCCACAGACCAGAUCUGCUAAACUCAGGAAACAGCAGUCGCAGACCAAAACUUCUCGUGAAGGCUCUCCCUCAGGUUCUUCAACUGAAAAUAAAGGAUGGACUAAUGGUAAGCCUGCGUGGGCGGCGACUCUACCCGCAAGUUUAUCUGUGGAGCCCGUGUAUCCAACACAUAAAAAAGUGUGUCAAGUGUGUGGACGAAAUGACGUGGCGUCCCUGCUGGCAUGGUGCGGCGCGUGCGGCGCGUGGCAGCACACGGGCUGCGGGCGUACGGCGGCGCGCUGCGACUGCGGGGCCCUGCUGCCCGACCCCACGCACGCGCCCAGGGACCACGACCCCGACCCCGACCCGCUACUGCACAAACAACUCUACAGAGAUAAACUAGCUGAGAGAAAAAGCCUUCAAGAGAAGAACAUAAAACUAUGUGUGGAACUACGCAAACUUGAAAUGAGAGCUGCUAGUCUCAAAGAGAAUUUGGAUGAACACAAUGCUGAGAAGCGACAGCUCCUGGCUGACCAGAUAAAGACACAAAGAAAUCUCCAGAAGCUCCUAGAUUUUAUCAGUCAGUUUAAGGACACAUCAAUAAGCAUUCGGUCAACAUCUGUUAGUGAAUCUGGCAGUGAAAUGAGUAAAAGCAAUGAGGAAUAA